AUAAAAUUGCUGAUUACAGUUGCCCUCUAUAAAUUCUUGUCAGCUCAUUGGGAUUUGGAAAGAAAAUGCCUGGUGUCAUACCUAGUGAAAGUAAUGGGCUUUCAAGAGGUAGUCCAUCUAAGAAAAACAGACUUUCCUUGAAGUUUUUUCAGAAAAAGGAAACUAAGAGAGCCUUAGAUUUUACAGACUCUCAAGAAAAUGAAGAAAAAGCUUCUGAAUAUAGAGGAUCAGAAAUUGACCAAGUUGUUCCUGCAGCACAGUCCUCACCUAUAAACUGUGAGAAGAGAGAAAACUUGCUGCCAUUUGUGGGACUGAAUAAUCUUGGCAAUACUUGUUAUCUUAAUAGUAUACUUCAGGUAUUAUAUUUUUGUCCUGGUUUUAAAUCUGGAGUGAAGCACUUAUUUAAUAUUAUUUCAAAGAAGAAAGAGGCACUAAAGGAUGAAGCCAAUCAAAAAGACAAGGGAAAUUGCAAAGAAGAUUCUUUGGCGAGUUAUGAACUUAUAUGCAGUUUACAGUCCUUAAUCAUUUCAGUGGAACAGCUUCAGGCUAGUUUCCUCCUAAAUCCAGAGAAAUACACUGAUGAGCUUGCUACUCAGCCAAGACGACUGCUUAACACACUCAGGGAACUCAACCCUAUGUAUGAAGGAUAUCUACAGCAUGAUGCACAGGAAGUAUUACAGUGUAUUUUGGGAAACAUUCAAGAAACAUGCCAGCUCCUAAAAAAAGAACAAGUAGAAAAUGUCACAGAAUUCUCUACAAAGGUAGGAGAAAAGCCUCAUCAGAAAGAGGAAGUGAGUGGCAUUAACAGCAGGGAAAUGGACAACAUGAGGAAUUCCGAGGACUAUAAAGAAAAACCUCCAAAAGGGAAUGGGAAAAGAAAAAGUGACACUGAAUUUGGUAACAUGAAGAAAAAAGUCAGAGUUGCCAAGGACCACCAGUCAUUGGAUGAGAACCAGAGACAAACGAGAUCAAAAAGAAAAGCUACUGGGGAUACACUGGAGACUCCCCCUAAAGUAAUCCCCAAGUUUGUUUCUGAAAGUGAGAGCAUAGGACCCUCACAAAAGAAGUCAAGAGUUAAAAUAAAUUGGUUAAAGUCUGCAACGAAGCAACCCAGCAUUCUUUCUAAAUUCUGCAGUCUGGGAAAACUAACAGCAAGCCAGGUAUCCAAAGGACAGUGUAAAGAAAGCGAGUCUGAUCUUGAAGAGAACUUCGGGAAGUACGAAAGCGACAAUACAACUCAUGGUUGUGGACUUGAAUCUCCAGAAGACAUCAAACCUAUAGAUGUUAAUGAAGUUAAGCCUAUAAACAGAGGUGCAGAACAAAUUGGUUUUGAACUAGUGGAAAAAUUAUUUCAAGGUCAGCUGGUAUUGAGGACUCGUUGCUUGGAAUGUGAAAGUCUGACAGAAAGAAGAGAAGAUUUCCAGGACAUCAGUGUACCAGUACAAGAAGACGAGCUCUCCAAAGCAGAGGAGAGUUCUGAAAUUUCUCCAGAGCCAAAAACAGAAAUGAAGACCUUGAGGUGGGCAAUUUCACAGUUUGCUUCGGUGGAGAGGAUUGUAGGAGAAGAUAAAUAUUUCUGUGAAAAUUGUCAUCAUUACACUGAAGCUGAACGAAGUCUUCUGUUUGACAAAAUGCCUGAAGUUAUAACCAUUCAUUUGAAGUGCUUUGCUGCUAGUGGCUUGGAGUUUGAUUGUUAUGGUGGUGGACUUUCCAAGAUCAACACUCCCUUACUGACACCUCUUAAGUUGUCGCUAGAAGAAUGGAGCACAAGGCCAACCAAUGACAGCUAUGGAUUAUUUGCAGUUGUAAUGCACAGUGGCAUUACAAUUAGCAGUGGGCAUUACACUGCUUCGGUUAAAGUCACCGACCUCAACAGCUUAGAACUGGACAAGGAGAAUUUUGUGGUUGACCAGAUGUGUGAAGUAAGCAAGCCAGAGCCACUGAAUGAGGAGGAAGCAAGGGGUGCAGCUGAAAAUUAUGACGAUGAAGAAGUGUCCAUGAGAGUUGGUGGAAAUACACAGCCAAGUAAAGUUUUGAACAAAAAAAAUGUAGAAGCUAUUGGACUUCUUGGAGGACAAAAGAGCAAAGCAGAUUAUGAGCUCUACAACAAAGCGUCUAAUCCUGAUAGGGCUGCCAGUACAGCAUUUGCUGAAAGUAGAAGUUCUGAGACUAACAGUUCUAAUGGGACCCAUGAAGUGGACAGGAACCAAGAAUCCAGCGACCAAACAGGCAUUUACAGGAGUGGAUUUGAGAACAAAAUUUCCUGUGUAGUGCAAAGUUUAAAGGAGUAUGAGGGGAAGUGGCUGCUUUUUGAUGAUUCUGAAGUGAAAGUUACCGAAGAGAAGGACUUUCUGAAUUCUCUUUCCCCUUCUACAUCGUCUACAUCUACUCCUUACUUGUUGUUUUAUAAGAAAUUAUAGAGUGGGUGUAUUUUCCCUAUGUAUAUAUUAAACAGGCCUGGCCAUCAUUGGUAAUGUUUAUUACAGCAGUCUUUUAGCUUAUCUUUUAAAGCUAUUGGAUAUUAUGGGUCUCUAGGUUUUUAUAUAAUAGUGAGAUUUGAAGUACCGAAAAACCAUGUUAAUUUGUAGAAUUCAUUUUCCUUCAUAGAGACAAGUGAUGUGUUAGUUCUUGGGAACAAACUUGUAUAGAUUCUAAACUGAAUUAUUCUAAAUGGAAGCAUUUAAACCUUUUGGAUUUACGCCAAUCUUUUGUGUUUGCUUUUUAAAAUAAAGUGCUUGUAUUUGUAUUCUCCAUGUUUGGAGAAAUUAUCUACGUUUAUAGGUCUGUGCUUUCCUGCCUAAGAAGCAGUCUCAUUCAGUACAUUUAGUUUUAUCAGUUGUGAAGCCUGAUCUCUGAUGGGCUAUAGCAGAGGCACAAAACCUAGAAUGCGUGUAUUCACUUUGGGGUGUGCUUUUCGUGCCUUGAAUCACUUUGAAAAGUGCCCCAGAAAAACCAGACAGUCCCCUUUAUCUUCACAAGAAUUUUAUAUAUAUUUAUGGAGAUGAUUCUGUAUUCUAGUACAUCUUUUUGGGCAUGGACUGAUUUGUAUCUCUUCAUACUCAUUCUGCACGAUCUGUGUAUAAUACAUCAAACUUAAGAGAGGUAUGACCUUGAAUUUAACUUUUUAAAAAACUGGAGGUCAAUAAAACUUAAAUUGUAUACAAA